AACAAGAAAGAAGAAGAAGAAGAAGAAGAGUGACCAUCAACCAUCAACCAAUCAGAGGACGCAGCACUUCAGCCUGGUGACCAGCGACCAAUAGGAAUCGUCUGUGUGAGCGCCCUUAAACACAUUUGUUGUGUGAGGUUGCUGUGAUAUCUACGGCGCAACAGGACAUAAAUUCGCCAAAAAUGAGUCUUUCUGUCAGGUAAACACGUUUGUAUGACCGCAUUUGAUCUUUUUUUCACAGUGUGGUUUAUUUUAGCGGCGCUGGUGUGCAGCCGCGAAGGGACGUCAGCUCAUUCACUUUAGCUUUGUGACCGUUAGCAUCCGUGGUUUACCACUAAAAGGGGGUUCAAAAAUACUCUUUAUUUAUUAAAUAACCGAUGUUUUCUACCGAAUAUUUAUUUCACACGACAGUAUUACCGUGAUAAGCGAAUAGCGUUAUUUUAAGGGUAUUAUUGUCAUGGUUUGUCCCAAGGAACUAUCACUAACACAGAGAAAUAAACAUUAUUACACGUUAGACUUCCUGCAGUGAUGCGUUAGUUUUAAAUAUUAAAAUUACUGUUACUAUUUAGGAUCAGUAACUCUAAGUCAGAACAUUUAGAACCAAAAACGAGUACAAAGACAUAAUGGCCCUCAUUUAUCAAGCUUGCGUGCGGCAGAAAACUUGCGUUCACCUUGCGUACGAAAAUUUAGACGUGAGGAUCGGCAUUUAUCAAUCUGCACGUGAGCGUACGCUACGAUCAAAUGUCAUGACAGGUCUGACAACGUGUACGCAAGUUUGAGUCAGUGUGGAUCUGCGGAGCAGCUAAUGUCUGUCUCAAAAUAAUUGAUAUAUAAACCUCAAACCUGUCCCUUAGCGCAAUCAGCCAGAUUUCAUUAAAGAUUAAGACGUAAAUAAAAUAAAAUAAAUUUGUUAUGUCCUUAGUGAAUAGGCCUAUUUGAUAACUCUGCCCAGAAACACUGCCACAGAGCAGGAGUGCCGUUUUAACAUUACGCACACACGCGCCACUGUGGAGCGCUGCGUUUGACUCCUAAAAGGCAGGUGUCUCUGUCUUGGUCCAGCAGUGGGGACGUUGUUGUACACUCCUGAAAGGGUGUGGGACAUCAUUUGGGCCAGUACAGUUUUGCACAAUGUUGCACUGGUGAAUGGAGUGCCAUUGGCUGUGCCAGUGCAACGUGAGGACCUGAUGCACGGAGAACAAUAACAAGGAGAGACUCCACAAAGGUGCUGUACAGAGGAGACAGGACCUUAUUGAUGGAUUCUGACAUGUAAAGUAUAAGUUUAGAAAGUGCUCUUGCUAAUUAAUCAGUGAUAAAAAUCCAAUAGAAAUCCAUAAAAAUGUUCCUCAGGAGCAGCAGCACACUGGUGAGGUUAAUAAUUAUUUUUGUUCAGCCUCUGUCAGACUCUCCAGUCUGCUCUACAUUACAAAGACGCAACAAAUUCAAACUAAAUACUUUGAAUAAUAGGAACAACGUACCCUAUGUCACGGCAAUAAAAAAAUAUGAGGCAUGUAUGAGAUAUUAAUUUAUCAUCACAAGCAACUUAUUGACUGAUGAUUUAUUCAAACUUCAGCCACUGUCCACUAUUCCGCUGCAGUGUUUUUCAGCACCACCAUAAUCCUGCUCCAGACAGGAGUUUUCUGGACUGCCUUUAUACCAGUUUUGAUGCUUCCAAAGAGAAAAUCCUUGUUAGUUUCCACCACAGAUGUGAGGAUAUCCACUUUCAGCUCGAAAAAGUUUCACAUCUUUCUAAUAUUUCUCCUCUUUAAUGUUUGACCUCAGUGGGCGAGGCUUCUGAACUACGAAUAUUUAAGGGCAUAAACAUGUUAAUGACGAUCGAUUUCAGCCACCGCAUUUAUCAAGACCCAAUCAUGCGUACGCUGGGAUUGAACAGAAUUAACAGAAUUAAAAUACAUAAACUUAAAAAGGGCUAAGACUUUAAAACUCAGGAUAAGGAAACAUGAGAAGUUUAGGUUAAAAUCUAAAAACAAGGAAACAAUAAAAUUUAAGAAAUGAUAAAUAAAAUGAAAUAAAAACAACAGUCUAAGACACUAAAAUAAGAGCACCAAAAUAGCUCAAUAAAAGACAAUUUUGUCAUUAAAACUAGAAUAGAUAAAGGCUAAAGCACUUAAACAAAGUGAAUGAAAUUAAAUUUGGUCAAAAGCAAGACUAAAAAGGUAUGUUUUCAGUUUGCUUUUAAAAUCAUGUAGAUUAGUUUCAGUCCUCAGGUCUUCAGGUAAGCUGUUCCAUAGACGGGGGCCAUAGUAAUAAAAAAUGCCUCACCGUAUGUCUUGGUUUUAACUUAAGGCAAUGUUAACAGAGAACUUCCUUAAGAUCUGAGGACUCUACCUGGCUCAUACGGUAAUAGAAGAUCUGAUAAAUAAUCAAUCAAUCAAAUUUUAUUUAUAUAGCGCCAAUUCACAACAGUCGUCAUCCUAAGAUGCUUUUCAAAGAACAAGAGCAGGUCUAGACCAUGCUUAAGACCCAACCUAAGUUGGGAUUUCGCCCAUCUCAUCUAACAUGAGUAACAGUGGCAAGGAAAAACUUUCUUUUAACAGGCAGAAACCUUGGGUAGGACUUAUAGACUGUAUAUAGAAUGGACAGCAUCUGCCUCCUCGCUGGGUGAAGCCACUCCGAGAACAGCACCCUCUUUUGAUGGGCUGCAGUAUAGGUCAUAAAUCCCGCCUCCGCCAGCAAAGUUUAUGGAGCUGUGAACAAACUUUAGAAAUUUAUUACGCAGAACAUAAUUUUUUUCUCCCCCCUGCUUUCGGUGUUGACAUGUAGUUACUGUCAGACUGGUUUGUGGUCAAGUCCUCUUUUUUUCUAUACAGCUUCAUUUUAAAAAGUUAUUAGAGGGUUCAUGUUUUCUAUGAUUGACACCUGAUACAGCCUAUUGGCGUUCAUGGAUCGCGUAGCUCACCCGUGGGAUAUGCUGUUUGACCCGAGUGUCAUCACAGUGACUCUCCCACCGAAUGUGCACAAUGCUACUGCGCAGUGCUGGUUUCAGGAAAUGAAGAAAAAUCCCGGAAAUAACGAGAGCUUUUUGGCUUCAAAUCCAUAUACAGGCAGGAGGCGGAACCAAGUUGCCCAUAGUAUAUACAGUCUAUGGUAGGACCAGACCCAUGCCAGACAGCCACCAAGCUGCUGCUGGGUUGGGGAGGAAUACAGAGAGAUAGGGGGAGAGAGAAGUGGAGAGAGGGUAGGGGUAGAGAAAGAGAACAAAAUAGAGGGAAGGAGAGAGAGACGGAGGGAGAGAGAAUAGAGAACGAGGGUGAGAGAGAGAGACAGGGGACAGCAGCAACAUCAAAACAACAGCAACAAUAACAACAGCUCAUGUAAUGGUGGAACAAAAUGAAUUCAGUUUACAGGGUUAGGAUAUGAGUAAUUAUGCACAAUGUUAGAUUAAUUUAAUGUGAAUACAGUCAGCAGGCCUAAUAGUAGUUGACUCCAGUUUUAUGUUAUAAAUGUCAGUGAGGCUGGGCCAAAGAAAAUAAGAAGGGCCAAAGCCAUUAAGAGCUUUUAAAACCAAUAAAACAACCUUUAAAUCUGUACUAAAAGAGAUGGGUAACCAAUGCAGAGACCUUAAAAUCAAUGUAAUGUGAUCUCUCUUUCUGGUCCUUGUUUACAUCCGUGCAGCUGAAUUUUGUAGUAAUUGCAGGUAUGAAACGUUCAUUUUGGGGAGACCAGAAAGGAGUGCAUUACAGUAAUCUAUUCUACAAGUGAUAAAAGCAUGAAUUAAUGUCCUUGCAUUGGCUUGAGAGUGAAAUGGUCGCACUCAGGUUAUGUUUUUAAAUGAUAAAAUGCGUUCUUGGUGAUAUUUCGUAUGUGAGGCUCAAAGCUCAAUUCUGAAUCAAAGAAAACACCAAAAUUUUUAGCUUGUUGACUUGGAUUUUAGAAUAAUGCUUUGAGUUUGCUGACCAGUUUCUCUCUCUUGUACCCUGUCCCAAUGACUAAAACCUGAGUUUUGUCCUGGUUGAGUUCUCUGCCAUCCAUGAUUUAAUGUCUAAAAUGCAGUUAAAAAGGGCAUUGAGUGGCCCUGUGUCAUCAGGAGACAUGGUAACAUAGAGUUAUUUGUCAUCAGCAAAAAGAAAGAGGGUAAAAGAUGAGGUUAUUCUGGAAAAGUCCCGUUUCAGUUUUUGUUUUCAGUCCUGUAAAGAUUUCAGAACUCAAACCCAGGAAAUGGACUACAAGUGUUUCUGCUGUCGAGAUCCUCCUGAACCUGAGCCAACUUCAGAAGAGUCUCACCUGGACUUAGAAGAAAGAGAACAGGACUAUCGCUCAGAGGUCCGAAGUCCUGUUUAAUUAACCCUAGAACACUAUUGCUAAAAUUAGGAACACCAUCACUAUUGGGUGAUUUUUACCUGAAAUAAUAUACCCAAGAAAAAGUACUUGUCAUCAAAAUAUAUCAAAAUAGGACAAUACGUGACAAAUUAGUUUUCUUUUAUUUUUAACUGUGCAAUGUCCAAAGGGAGGAAAAAAAGUGCCAUUAGGGGACCAUAUAAAAAUGCAACAAAAUAACUAAAAUUAGGCAUUCAUGAACAAAAAAUUAUAUAUAUAUAUAUAUAUAUAUAUAUAUAUAUAUAUAUAUAUAAAUAGAGUGCUGAGGGUCAUUGUCUUGCUGCAAAACAAACUUUGGACCCAUAAGUAUGAGUCCAGAUGGAGCAGCAUGGUGCUGGAGGAUGGAGUGGUACUGUUUUUUCUUCAUGAUACUCUUUACUUCAAACAAAUCUCCUACUCCAUCACCUGCAAAACAUCCCCAUACCAUGGAACUACCACCUCCUUGCUUAACUGUGGGUGUAACACAUGAUGCUUUCAGACGUUCACCAGUUUGUCUGUGGACAUUGACUCUGCGUUUUGAACCAAACAGUUCAAACCAUAGACUGUAUAUAAGAUGGACAACGUGGUUCCGCCUUCCGCCUGUAUACGGAUUUGAAGCCAAAAAGCUCUCGGUAAUUCCGGGUUUUUCUCCACUUCUUUGAAACCAGAGCUGUGCAGUAGCGUUGUGCGCAUUCGGCCGCGCAGUCGCCGAGAGUCCCUGGGAUGACGCUCGGCUCAAACAGCGUAUCCCCCCCGGGAGAGCUACGCAAUCCCUUAACGCCCAUAGGCUGUACCAGGUGUCAAUCAUAUAAAACAUGAACCCCCUAAUAACUUUUAAAAACGGAGCUGUACAGAAAAAAAAGGACUCGGGCACAAACCAGUCUUACUGUAACUACAUGUCAACAUCACAAGCAGGGGGGAGAAAAAUUUAUGUUCUGUGAAAUAAAUUUCUAAAGUUUGUCCACAGCUCCAUAAGCUUUGCUGGCGGAGGCGGGAUUUAUGACCUAUACUGCAGCCCAUCAACAGAGGGUGCUGUUCUCGGAGUGGCUUCACCCAGCGAGGAGGCAGACUCUGUCCAUCUUAUAUACAGUCUAUGGUUCAAACUUUCUUUCACCGGUCCAAUUAUAAGUCCAAUUUUUGUGAGCUUUUGCCCACUCAUAUCUCUUUUUCUUGUUCUGUGGAUGAAGUAGUGUUUUUUUGCAGACACACAACCCCUCAGACCAGCCUUUCUCAAACGUCAUUUCAUGGUUGUCAGAGAUAUGGGUUUCGACCUUGUCAUGUUGAUUUCCUCCCUUAUUUUUGGUGCUGUCUUUUGCCGAUCUCUCUGACUAGUGACAAUGCUAUGUUUAUCCUCUGCUUUUGUAGUAACUCUCUUUCAUCCAGGCCUUUUUCGAUCAUCAUAACUUCCAGGUUCCUCUAGUCUAGUCUCUUCAGAGUGUAGUGGACUCCUUUGUUAAACACCUUUAGGCGUUUUGCAUUUUCUCUCUCUGUGUAUCCUUCUUUCCUCAAUGAAGAAAUCUGUACUUUUGUUUCUUUACUCAGUUGCUUCUUUCUAGCCAUUUCUGCAGUAGUUUGAACAUAGUUGAGAUUUAUUAGGAUUUUUGUAUGCAGACUCUCAAAAGCCAAAAAGUUGAAGUGAAUAAUCCAACUGUAAUUUGUUUUUUUGCUUUUGCACUGAAGUUGUGAUACUUGCAAAUGUUUUCAACCCUAAAACUAAGCCCUUAUUUCCUUCUGCUGACAUAUAUUUAGCAAUGGUCUGUUAACAUCAAUGUAUAUCCAAACAUAAAUGGAGUAAAAUGGUGCAGUUCCAUGAAAGUAACAUCUGAUCAUGGAGUAAAUACAUCCCAAAAUACAUACAACUCAUGCUGGAUCUAAAAAAAAAAGCAUUGUGAACAAAAACUUGAAGUUACUCCUGACUGUUCAGCCUGUAAUGGCCCUGCUUCCAAACUUUUGGCCUGUAGUACAUACAUACAUACGUACACACACACACACACACAUUACUCGCCAUCUAAAUUUUAAAUUUCUGUUGUGAAAAGGUGUUUCUUGACUAAGUUCUUAAAAAUGGCUUUUCUUUCCUCUUGUGUAAUGUUUUCUGGUUAUUUGUUCCAUACUUGCAUGGCUCUAUACAUAACCAUCUGCUUUAUUAUGUUUUUGUUUGGGGUAGUGUAAAUUUUCCUCUAGUCGCAUGUCCGGUGACAUACCUAUGUUUAUCCGAACUUAAAUCUACAUUUUCAUACAAAAUUGUUGGAUUUUUGUUAUCAUAAUGUUUUUGAAGAACACUAGCCAGAAUACAAGAAUCUCUUUUUAACUGAUAACCAGCCCAGACAGUUAUACAUGACUGUGGGAUUUGUUCUAUAAUUGCAAUUCAGAACUGUUCUUGCUGCUCUGUUUUGUACAAUUUGAACUUAUUUAUAUUCUCUUGUGAUGUAUUGGACCAGACUACCGAAUUAUAGUCCAGAACUGAUAAUACUAACUUGAAGUCCAGCGUGAAGUUUCCACAGUCUGUGAUGGUUUGGGGUGUCACAUCAUCUGCUUGAUCAAGUCCAGAGUUCAUACAGCCUAAAGUCUACAUGGAGGUUUUAGAGACGUUCAUGCUGAGACACUUUACGGAGAUACAGGUUUCCUCUUCCAGCAGGACCAGGAUCCUGCCCACAGCACCAAAAUGACCAGAAACUGAUUUGUAGACUGUGCUUGAAUUGCCUGAGCCCCAUCGAGGAUCUCUGAGGUAUCAUGAAGAGCAAGAUGAGAGACACCAGAAAAACAACACGGACCAUCUGAAGAAGCUAACAAAGAAACCUGGACUUCAGUAACAGCCCAGCAGAGACACAGACUGAUCACCUCCAUGACACAGAUUGAUCACCUCCAUGACGGGUCACAUAGUGAUAUAAUAAUGUCUUCAAAAAGAGCCUAAGUGAAUACAUGAACAUGAUUUUCCAGAGGGUCGACAUUUCUUAACAUAAAUCUUCUUCUAUCUGUGUGUGUGUUUUGUAAUAUUCUCAUGUUGAAUCAUCAAAAGUUUUGAUGUAUUUCUUCCGUUAGUGUGAUGAAUGUCGAAAAUAUGGGAGUUUCACUUUUUAAAUUAAGUUAUAAGGGAAAAAUAACUUUUUUUUCGGUCACUCUAAUUUUUAAAGCUGCACCUGUUUGUCAGAGAUUUUAUGUAACCCUGCUGUCCUGUCUUUCCAGACCGGAUCUCGCUGCAGACAAAAACAAGCGGAAGAAGAGGAGAGAGCUCACCGAAGAUCAGAAACUUGAAAUCAAAGAAGCUUUUGAACUAUUCGACACAGACAAAGACAAAGAAAUCGACUAUCAUGAGCUGAAGGUGAGCCAUGAAGCACAGCGAAUCCUCUGUGAUACAUCCGUGCACCUCUCUGCUUUGUCGGAGUGAUUUCUCCUUUCUCCUUUCUCCUAAAGUCUGCUGAGUUCAUCUUGAGUCUGGCAAACAACAGACUGAGAGCUCUUUGUGUGUGGAAAACAAACAGCAAACAGAGUGAUAGGAUGAUGGUGUAAACCUAAUUUUCUGAUUCAUCCAGAUGGCAAAGUUUCCUCCGUAUAUGAAGGAACAACUGAACAGGACAUCCUAUUUUUAUAUUCUGUAGUGACAGACAAAAAUAAAGUCAAUAUUUUUUAACAGCCAUUAUUGUCCUCCUGAAUCUGUGUAAAUAAAGCUCCAGUCUCUGCCAGGCUUGAGCAAAGAUGGCUGAUCACCAUAAUCUCAGGACUGACCACAAUAAUGUCAGCUUUUAUUUGUGCCUCAAUUCAGCAGCUCUUGUUGGAAUCUGCGGCAGAGUUUGAGGAGUUACUGAGAGAGAAACAGGAUUAUUUCCCUCACUCCUGUCAUGACUCUGUUUUACCUCCAGGUGGCGAUGCGAGCUCUGGGGUUCGAGGUGAAGAAAGUGGAUGUUCUGAAGAUCCUUAAAGACUACGACCGGGAGGGGAACGGAAAAAUCACAUUUGAGGAUUUCAAUGAAGUUGGUGAGUGUUUCUGUGACAUGCUUCGAUCUUAACUGCAAAGAUGUGUUGGUAUAAACCUCUAACUGUCUCCACACACCAAGGGCGAGUAAAAUCAUUUGUGCCAAUGAAUUACAUGAUUAAGUCCUGGUUGACGAUCUGAGAAGCAGUUAAAAAAACCGAGCCGUUGAGGCAGAUUUGACAAAAGCGUCCCACCCCCCACACAUACAAACCUCUCCCCUCUGUGCUCCACGCUAACUCCCCCCCGAACCUGUGUCGCCCUCCCCAUGACACACCCCCUCUGGCACAUUCUUUCAAUCACUGAAAUGGGAGUAAAAAGGAGCUCGUCUUGAGGUGAGUGAGUGAGGGAGUGAGGGAGGGAGGGAGGAGGUCGGAUUACCUGCUAAAUAAUAAAAAAUAUUUGUCUAUAGCUUGAUCCCGCCGGUUGAAUUACUGUUGACGCACGAAUAAAGCGAGUAAAUACUAUUCAUUCACGCAAAUUAAGUGAGUAGAUGAUUUUACUCGCGCUUGGUGUUAGUGCCCCGUUAUAUCUGUCGUUUUAGUGACAGACCGCAUCCUGGAGAGAGACCCGAAGGAGGAGAUCAUGAAGGCCUUCAAGCUGUUUGAUGACGAUGAAUCAGGAAGGAUCAGCCUGAGGAACCUGAGACGGGUCGCUCGAGAACUUGGGGAGAACAUCAGCGAGGACGAGCUGCGCAGCAUGAUCGACGAGUUCGACACCGACGGAGACGGAGAGAGUAAGAGGCCGAGUCUUUCUUCUUCAGGAGGAACACCAUGACUUAAAACUGAAAGGUUUCAAACUGCUGAUGAUUUAACAUGUUUUUCUGUUCUCCAGUAAACCAGGAGGAGUUUCUGUCCAUUAUGAUGGGAGACUCCUGAUGAGGACUGAUGGUGCUGGACCAGUUGCCCUCAGAGACCGACAUCAUGGACUGUAGGAAAGUGAAGGAUUUGGUGAGCUGUUUGGACUCUGGAGGGUCUAGAGUGGACCAAACUGUCCCCCAUGUCGUUCAUGAAAGAAUCAGACUGAUUUAGAAGUUUCAUGUGGCUCCAGUCGGUCUGUAGCUCCUCUACGUUCAGCUCCUGAUAUCAUGACAGAGUUUGAUUUCUACAUGUCUGAAAGAAGGUGCUCCAGAACCUUCCAGACUUGAUGUUGUUUUUAAGUCACAUCCAGAUAAGUGAGUUUAUUUUGAUGUGAGUUUGUGUACAGGUUUUUGAGCUUUUGUAUUUAUGGUGUAGCAGCUGUCUGAAUGUUUAAUUUAUUUUGUACUAAAUAAAAAGAUUUUGUCAGAAAAAUGUUUUUUGAUAAGUCUG